CAGCUCCGGGGCAGGGGCAGGGGCAGGGGCUGGGGCUGGGGCAGGGACCAGCGGGGAGGCGCUGCCCGGCCCCGGGGGUGGAGGGAGCAGCGAGGGGAGGGCGGCCCCGGGCUGCUCCGUGGCGGUGCUCUGCGUGUGUGGUACUGACGGAAGCAGGAGGCCUGUGGGUUCGGCCUCCCCGGGCCGGGUUUCCCUCUAGUUGCGUUGGAUUUGGGGAGCAAGUGCGUUGUUAGGGGCACACGCUCCGGUUCUGGCCGUCUGCCUUGAAGGCACCGGCUGACCUGUAGUCCAAGCCUGAGCGGGGUGGUAAUCACAGAAAAAAACUCUAAAUAGGAGAAAAACAAGCACAUUAUAUCUAUAAGGGUGAGUGCAGCACAGCUGUCAGGCCUUUAAUCCUUUAAUUAUACCUUCUUCCUCCCCCACCCCCAGGUAAUUGAAAGAACAUGGCGGUGUGAUCUCCCCGAGUUCCUCAUCCACCCGGCUUUGACAUGAUCAAGCAUCUGGGCGAAGAUGUGCGCGCCAGGCUGCGCUCCGGAGUGACUAUCACCUCGCUGGGGCAGUGCGUCGAGGAGCUUGUCCUUAACAGCAUCGAUGCCAAAGCAACGUGUGUAGCUGUCAGGGUGGAUUUGGAAGCUUUUAAGAUCCAGGUGGUAGACAACGGCUCCGGGAUGGGGAGAGAUGAUUUGCAUAAAAUGGGAAAGCGGUAUUUCACUAGUAAGUGCAGCUCAGUGGGAGACCUGGAGAACCUGACGUACUAUGGCUUUAGAGGGGAGGCUCUGGCAAGCAUAGCUAACGUGGCCAGCGUCGUGGAAGUUUCAUCAAAGACCAGCAGGACAGCAAAAACCUUUAUGAAACUGUUUCACAACGGGCAUGCGCUGGAAGUCUGUGAAGCUGAGCUGAGCAGACCAAGUGGCGGAACGACAGUGACCGUGUGCAACCUGUUCUAUCAGCUGCCGGUGAGGAGGAGGUGCAUGGAUCCUGUGCUGGAAUUUGAGAGAGUGAGACAGAAAGUAGAGGCAAUUUCGCUGAUGCAUCCCUCUGUUUCACUUUCUUUAAGGAACGAUGUUUCUUGUGCCAUGGUGCUUCAGCUCCCUAAAACGAGAGACAUUUACUCUCGUUUUUGUCAAAUCUAUGGGCUGGGCAGAUCACAGAAGUUAAGAGAAGUGAGUCAUAAGUCUGGAAGAUUUCAGAUAGGUGGUUAUAUCAGUUCUGAAGGACAUUACAACAAGAACAUGCAGUUCUUGUAUGUGAAUAGGAGGCUUGUUUUAAAGACAAGACUACACAAACUAAUUGAUUUUUUAUUAAGAAAACAAAGUGUCAUUUGCAAAGCAAAAAGUGGCCCCGCAAACAGACAGGCUUGCUCAAGUCCUGGUCGCCAUCGUAGUGGCCCAGAGCUGUACGGGAUCUUUAUUCUCAAUGUGUCCUGUGCGUACAGUGACUACGAUGUGUGUCUGGAACCUGCAAAAACUCUGAUUGAGUUCCAGAACUGGGAUGCUCUUCUAGCUUGCGUAGAGGAAGGAGUGAAAAUGUUUUUGAAGCGAGAACAUUUAUUUAUUGAACCAUGUAGCGAGGACAUCAGAGAAUUUAACGAAGAUAAUGACUUUUGUUUGUAUAAUGCUCCAGUUCUGAAGCCCUCGCUCUCUGAGGAGAAGAGCAUCCAAGAAAACUUUAAGAAAGCAUGUGAUGAAAUUUUGGAUUCCUAUGAAAUAUGUAAGUUGCAAUCAAAAGAUGUCAAAAGAAAAUCCACGAUGGGGAAAAAAUCUUCAAAUGCUACAGAGCCAAAUAAAAAUCCACAGGAAAUUGAAGUUUCUUCAAAUCAAAAGACUGACGAACCAACUGAUCCGUGUAGAAACAAUAAAGCAGAGAUUCCACUGCCCAGCAGAGAUGACACAGCUUCUAAUUUCACUAUAUCAGGUAUCUCAGAACAGGAGCCAAAAGACGCUAAUUGUUCCCAAACAGUGCCUGAUGCUCACCUCAGAUCUUCAGAAAAUCUCCAUUCCUGUUUCACUGAAGGGGCCAGAUCAGCAAUAAUAAAAAUAGACAGUCGUCGUGACCUGCAGCGUUGUGCAGACAACUACAUAAAAGAUGUGGGAAAGCAAGACAGAGUAGUGCAGAAAAGCAACACGGUCCGUAACUCGAAUACUGAUAUUAUUCGGUGGCUGUCUGAGAGAAAAGACCCUACUGAUACAGCAACAGAGUCUGAAACUGUCUCUGGAAGUUCAUUGAUAAGACUGUCUAAUGCAGGAAAAGGAGACAGGGAAACAACUGAAGUGGUGGAUGAUGCCGGAAGGGGAGCUGCUAGUUCAGUACCCAAAAAAAUGGGUUCUGUAGGCCUCAAAACACAUGUUGUGCAAAACGAACCCCCACGUGGGCGUGAACAAACAGAAACAAGUCUUGCGUUAAACAGGCACAGUAGACCUGGCGCUGUCACUGCCAAGCACACGUUUAGGCACAAAGUGAGUUUUCCCACUCCAGCUUUAAAUGCUAAGGAUAUUUCCAGUAAUACAAAUAAAGAAUACACACCUCUCUGCAGCAGAGAAGUAUGCACGGCUGAUGGAAGCAAGCAGUCAGAGAACAAAAGUUUGUCAAAUCAGGUGAGUGAGGGGAUAGCCAUGCCCACUGCUGCCAGUAAAAGACAUUACGAAACAUCUGAUGUUACAGAAUUGCCACUGGCAACAUCUUUAGGUAAUCCUCACAAUAAAGCUACAAAAAGUCCUAGGAAACAAAUAGCUGAGCCAAGAUCGCAGCCCUGUAAGAAGCUGAGCCUAUCCACACAGCUGGGCUCCCUAGAAAAGUUCAGGAGAUAUUACGGGAGAGUCAAGUGUAUGCUGCCAACGCCGUUAGCAGAGCAGAGCAAAUCUGGUGUCCCCGUUUUUAAUUCACAAGCGAACCGUGACUUUUCAAAGAAGCAGAAUGAUGGCCACGGUGGCUUGAGUAUUUGUGAGACUCCGACUUUGGAACGCACAGAUUCUAAUAAUAACAGCCAGCUUGUGAGAUCUUUGGAUGAGACUUUAGUCUGCAGUGGAGAAGUUUCACCAGACAAACGGGCCGUUUGUCAGAGCCCUUUGACAUUGUCUGAUUACUCAGAGGUUAGUAAAACAAACAUAAGUAGUAGAAGAUCUCCAGGAUCAUUAUCAUCCAAACUGUCCAGAAUGAAAAGCGACCACAAAGAAGUAAAACAACUUGGUGAGCAAUUCCAAACAGAUUCCAGUGGAAAAGAUAACCGCUCUUUUGUUCAUGAAUCUUCAAAUAAUGAUGGUUUGUAUAAUGCACGGCAAAUGUGUGAAUCAGCAGUGGAAAACACGAGGGAAAGUUGCAGCAUUUCUAAGGGGGAUGCUUGCCAGCCAUCAGACGAUACGAGAGCAGAACCCACGAAGCACACUGUCAGCUCAUCACCACUCAGCAGCACUGAAGGGGAAUACGCAGUCUCUGCAAGCAGCGUUUUACCGUUACCAGCAAAAAAAGAUUAUCCUAAUGUAAUCUGUGAAGAUAAAAGCGUGUUAGCUGAAUUCUCAAAUCAAAACCUGAAAGAUACCGAGGUUCCCUGUGUAACCUUCCCAAGUAACUUGGCGUUCUCUGCGGACAACACAAGUAGAGGUGACCCCAGAGAUGAUUUGCGUUGGUCUGACUGGCUGCAAGAUUUUGAUGCUUCAUUGGGUAAGACGAUAUACAUCAAUACAGCAACUGGACUGAGCACCUACAGCACUCCUCCUGCUGAAGGAUUUCAGGCUGCCUGCGUUAAAGAUAUAACGACAAUGGCUGUGAAUGUUGUCUCAGAGAAUGGGUUUCAGUGCAGGUGCCAUCCCUUUAGAAGUGAGAUUGUGCUACCCUUCCUUCCUAGACCUCGAAAAGAGAAGACCCUAGCAAGCCAGGAUCGGAGAGAUGCUGAAGGCGAGUCUCUCCAGUCAUUGCUUUCAGAAUGGGAUAAUCCUGUUUUUGUUCGCUGCCCAGAGAUUGCUGUGGAUGUGACCAGCGGUCAGGCAGAGAAUCUGGCUGUGAAAAUUCACAAUAUCUUGUAUCCUUAUCGUUUCACCAAAGACAUGGUCCAUUCGAUGCAGGUUCUUCAGCAAGUGGACAACAAAUUUAUUGCUUGUGUAAUCAACACUAGGAAUGAAAUGGAUAAAAAGGAAGGUGGAAACCUCUUGGUUUUGGUGGACCAACAUGCAGCGCAUGAACGGAUCCGCUUGGAGCAGCUUAUUGCAGAUUCCUAUGAGAAGGAAGCUGCAGCGUGUGGCAAGAAGAAAUUACUGUCCUCCUCCAUCUCUCCCCCUAUGGAGAUUGAAGUUACGGAAGAGCAAAGAAGAAUUCUACGAUGCUGCUACAAAAAUUUGAAGGAUCUGGGCCUUGAAUUAUCAUUUCCUGAGACCAACAGCUCCUUGAUUCUAGUCAAGAAAGUGCCGCUGUGUUUUAUAGAAAGAGAGGCCAAUGAAUUACGACGGAAAAGACCACCUGUCACUGAAAGCAUUGUGGAGGAGUUUAUUCAAGAACAAGUUGAGCUAGUGCAGACCACAGGACGAGCACGAGGGACACUGCCUCUGACGCUUCUGAAGGUGUUAGCUUCCCAAGCCUGUCAUGGAGCUAUUAAGUUCAACGACAGUUUGACUUCGGAGGAGAGCUGUCAGCUCAUUGAAGCUUUGUCCUCUUGCCAGCUGCCCUUCCAGUGUGCUCACGGAAGGCCUUCCAUGAUGCCCCUUGCAGACAUCGACCAUCUACAGCAGGAAAUUCAGCCUAAACCUAAUUUGUCUAGACUGCGGAAGAUGGUUCGAGCAUGGCACCUGUUUGGGAGCAAAGACCCUAACCAAAAAAAAAUACUGACCUAGGAAGCAGAGAGCAGCCAGGAGAACACGGCAGAAGCCCAGCCCUGGAGCCUGGAGAAGCAUCUUCAACGUUAAGGAACUGUGUUGUAAACCUGGGUCACGUCACUGCUUGACUAUCAAGGGCAAGUUGCAGCCACUCACAGUUACUGCAAGCACAGCAGGAUUCUGCACAAUAGAGAAGAGACUUUUAAUUAAUGGAUUUUAUAGUGCUUUGAAAUUGAGGAGGUAUUUAUUAAUAAAUUAACUCUAAAC